UUCGCGAGAUAACGAAUCAUCUUUUUCUCGUUUUCGUUAAAAAUGUGGCGCGGCGGCUACAACGAAGACUGGGAGAGGAAGAAAGAAUAUCUCAUUCGAACAUUGUUCCAGGACAUUCCACUAUUGUCGCCAGUACCGGAGGAAGAGGGUUCCCGUUAUGAUUCUUCGCCACGCGUGUCGUCAUCUAAUUACCGAGCUCGGAUACAAACCGAAGUACGUAGGCCUUACAGUCCUCUGCCACCGUUGAUCGUGGAGAGAGAGCCCAACCGGCACGACGAACCCGAGGAGUACUACCAGCAACUGGCGCGGAACAUGAGAAGGCUCUAUCGACAGUUGUUUCUCGAAGAGCGCAGUUUAGAUAGCUCCUUUGAAGAAACUGGUCCGGUUGAGAGCCCCACAAAGUACACAACUGACGAUUCUUGGUAUAGGACAUAUGAAAUUGAAAAAAGUGUUGUAAGUCAAAACUCGUCCUCAAGCCCACGUAUGGAAGGUGAUGUCCCGGGCCUAUUAGACUCCACAUUCGUUCAGAACGGAGACGCAGAUACACGUUAUUCAGCUAAAAAGCACCAUCAGAAUAGUAAGACAAGGAGUAUUGACAAAGAGCACAGUAAAGGUUCCUACAAAACUAGUGGUAGUGACGGCUCGAACUAUGAACAAAAUGUAGACUCUGAGGAAUCAAAUCGUAUUUCUGAGAUAAACGAAGAGAGUUCCGGUCUUUCCGAAACAAAUAAUGAUAUCAACGUUGAAAAAAACAAAGCGGUUAGAGCAACUACCAGGAGUCCUCUAAGUUCAGUCACGUCUGAUCCUGGAGGUCAUUAUCAGCAGGUAACCUUUCAAGCCGAAGUGCACAGGGAGUCAAGUGUCCGAGAUGACUCGAGGCUGAGCUUGGUGUACGAAGAAUCUGUGCCUGAGGAGGACGGGGACCAAGCAGCGGCUCGUCUGGAAAAAACUAGGGUUUCAGAUUUAAUCACGGAUAUAAUAAGAACCACGUCAAAUCAGUUAAACACAAGUGAAAUAGAAACGAUGAGGACUCCCCGAGACUUUUGCAUUCGAACGUCAUACGGCUCCUGGCAAGGACAACCCCCUAUAGAGAGUAAUGAACGCAUCUUACCUGAGGCAUCCAGACAUUCACUCGUAGAUUACAAUCCUCUGGAUAAGUCAAAAAGUAACUCGUCCACAGACGCCGAACAUAGUUCUGAUGAUUUUCUUAAAUUGCUACAGAGUUCUACUCCUAAAGUAGGGGAAAAAAGAUUAGUGGUUGAUCAAAUGCUCACUGACUACACAUUGCCUGCGUGUUCCAGUAAUAAAAGAAGGAGAUUUGAAGAUGUGGCUAUACAAGUAAACGAAAUGAUGGAAUGGAGUUCAUUGCGUGGAAAUUUCUUUACUGGGACUCCUAAAAUGUUUAGACUGUGUUCCUGUACAGACCAUAGUUGCACUUGUUAAGCUAAAUUACUGCGCAAGUAGUCUAUAUAUUUACCCAAUAUUAAUUGUUAAAUUUCGAAAAUGAUCUUAUGUCUAUCAUAAAGAAAUUUGUUGUCUCUAGGAAAAUUACUUCAGAGUAUAAAUAGACAUGUUUGUUUUUACGUUUAAUAAUUAGAAAUUAUUAUCUUUGUAGAACACUUCUUUUGUAUUGAAAGUUAAACUUUUUGGUGGAAAUCAAUAAUUGGAUAAUCUUUCAUUUUUGUUCUAUAUGAAAUUUAGUGGCCGUAUUUUGCACAAAC